AUGAUGUCAACAACAGAGGGGGAAUUGGACGUAGAAAUAUCUCAAGAAAAGGAAGAUGGCGAGUUGGAUGACUCUGAUGUAGAAGAGGGCACUUAUAUACCCUUGGAGCGCCCGGAGGUUUUUAACCCGCCAUCACUUGUAAAUAUGCAAAUACAAGAUGAGCAAAGUGAUGAAGCUUCACUUGCUGAAUCUUCAGGCUCAGAGUCAGAUGAAGAGCCAAGACGUCGUCCGAAACGUACUAAAGUGAGGCCACGACGCCCACAACAACAACAAUCUGGCCGCAACAAUAAAUACAAUAUAUGGUGCCAAACUUUACAGGAAGACCUCUUGACUGAGGACAUGGGCACUUGUGAUGUUUCAAAGAAAAGCAGAUAUGGCGUUGAAUCUUAUGAUUACACUAUUAAGUAUAGAUUAGAUGAUAAAUAUAUUUCUAAGAAAGUAUUUUCUAGUAGUGAUUAUAACCAGACAAAUAAGAGAAAGUAUUCAGACAGAUCCAAUGUAAAGUUAAGAUUGGGGAAAAGAGUUAACAGCCACCAGCCAGUAGAGGAGAAGCAAGAGCCAAGAUUUCUGCCAGACCUGGUUGUCACAUCAGAAGAUUCUAUUGCUAACCUUGCAGUAGAUAUUGCUGAAAAGCUGGCUGAAGAAAAGAAAGAUUUAGUUGUUAGAAUUGUAGAGGUGCUUGGUGCCAGUAAAGCAAUUGAAAUAUAUGAAGAGACACAAAAGGUUGAGGCUGAAGGAGGAAUGCUUGUAAUGAAUGGUACACGUAGACGUACACCAGGCGGAGUUUAUUUCUUUCUGUUAAAGAAACAUGAUGAUGUGUCACACGCUAUGAUUAAUCAGAUAUUUAAUGAAGACCGUAAAGAAACAACUCGAAAAAUUAAAAAGACGCGCGCUAAGAGUCGUCAAAAGGUUAUGGAACAAUUAAAACAAAGUCUAACAGAUUCUGAACUACCAUCUCUUCUUUCAAGAGGAGAAGCAACCAUACAAACUGAACAUGGUUCAAAUCCACCACCAUCUCCAGCGACAGAUGCUCGAGAAUGUUCAAGCGACACUGAUACUCAUACAGAGCACGAGCAGCAACCAUCACCAAUUAGGCCCUCAUCACCAAUACCUGACACUCGACCGAUACAAGCAUAUGAUGAUGACGACUAUCUUGAAGUGAUGUGUAAUGAUGAUAUGGAUAUGCUCUGA